AUUACCACUACUGCCACAAACCCCGCAAACGCGGAAGCUGCGGCUCUUCUUCGGGAAACCUCCGGAUCUCCAGGAUGACGACGACGGGAGGGCGCGCGCUCCUGCUGCUGCUGCUCGUGGUGGCCUCGGCGGUGCUCGUCCAGAUCCGCGCCUCGGACCCGUUGCUCUACGAGUCGUUCGACGAUAGCUUCGAGGGGAGGUGGGUCGUCUCCGGCAAGGACGAGUACACAGGUGUAUGGAAGCACGCCAAGAGUGAUGGCCAUGAGGACUACGGUCUACUUGUUAGUGAGGUGGCCAAGAAAUAUGCCAUAAUUAAGGAGCUUGAUGUCCCAGUUAUUUUGAAGGAUGAGACAGUUGUCCUACAGUUUGAAGUGAGGCUUCAAAAUGGCCUUGAGUGUGGAGGUUCCUAUCUUAAGUACAUCCGCCCUCAAGCUGACACAUGGGACGCCAAGGAGUUUGAUAAUGAGACUCCUUACACCAUUAUGUUUGGUCCUGACAAAUGUGGUUCAACCAACAAGGUGCACUUCAUUCUGAAGCACAGGAAUCCCAAGACUGGCAAAUAUGUCGAACAUCAUCUCAAGUUCCCACCAUCUGUACCGCAUGACAAGCUCUCCCAUGUCUACACUGCUAUCUUGAAGCCAGAUAAUGAGGUGAGAAUUUUGAUUGACGGGGAGGAAAAAAAGAAGGCAAACUUCCUGUCUGCUGAUGAUUUUGAGCCUGCACUUAUCCCACCCAAGACCAUUCCUGACCCUGAUGACAAGAAGCCAGAGGACUGGGACGAGAGAGCUAAAAUCCCUGAUCCAGAUGCUGUGAAGCCCGAGGACUGGGAUGAGGAUGCCCCAAUGGAAAUCGUUGAUGAGGAGGCCACCAAGCCGGAAGGAUGGUUGGACGAUGAGCCUGAAGAAAUUGAUGACCCUGAAGCUGCCAAGCCUGAAGAUUGGGAUGAUGAGGAAGAUGGAGAAUGGGAGGCACCAAGGAUGGACAACCCAAAGUGUGAAGAGGCACCUGGAUGUGGGGAGUGGAAGAAGCCUAUGAAACAGAAUCCUGCUUACAAGGGCAAGUGGCAAGCACCUCUGAUUGACAAUCCCAGCUACAAAGGAGUCUGGAAGCCCCAAGAAAUCCCCAACCCUGAGUUCUUUGAACUAGACAAGCCAGAUUUUGAUCCAAUUGGUGCUAUUGGGAUUGAGAUCUGGACAAUGCAAGAUGGCAUUCUGUUUGACAACAUUUUGAUUGCUGACAGUGAGAAGGUUGCCAACUCUAUACUAGAGAAGACAUGGAAGCCCAAAUAUGAAGUUGAGAAAGAAAAGGAGAAAGCUGAGGAAGCUGCUGCAGGUCCUAAUAGUCUUUCUGAGUUACAGAAGAAGAUUUUUGAUGUUCUGUACAAGAUUGCUGACAUUCCAUUCUUGGAACCUUACAAGUCCAAGAUCAUUGAUGUAAUCGAGAAGGGGGAGACGCAGCCCAACGUCACAAUUGGAAUUUUGGUAUCCAUUGUUGUCGUCAUUGUGACCGUUCUUUUCAAGAUCCUGUUCGGCGGCAAGAAGCCACCGGUCCCUGUGAAGCCUGCUGCUGUCUCCAAGAAGCCCCAGGCUGCAGCGGCAGACGCAGCUGGAAGCAGUGGUGCUGACAAGGAGGAGAAGGAGGAUCCUGCAGCGCCACGCAGGAGGUCCAGAAGGGAGACGUAGUUUUCAGUCUUGUUUUGACUCCUUAUCUCAGCCAUCUCUGGCACCUGCUUUUUUGAGAACAUGGCUCUUGAUGUUUUUGAGUGUAUAAUAGGAGAUCAUAGACACCUCUGCUACUUCCCUGCUUAUAAUUUGUUACCCACAGUUUAAAUGGUUAGAGCUCUACGAGCUGUAGAUGUUAGCCUCGAUGUUCAGUUUAUGACUUUCAGUGCUGUGCGGCUGUUCUCUGAGGCUGCUGAUGAGGAGCUUGGCCCAGUUAGACCAAGAGGCAAGUCUCUCUAAGGAUUUGUAAGAUUUUCUGAUAAUACCUUUUGCCUUCAAGAAAGAUUAAUUUUACUGCCACUACA